UGACUGGAGACAUUGGUAUUAUGGCUGGCAUUCGGCUAUUGCGCGGAGCGUCAACACCACCUGAGGAUGAUGGCCUUGACAACAGCGACCUAGGCACAUCUGACACACCGUUGCAUUCGGGCAUAGACAUCGUCGAACUGCGAUGUCCGGAGGUGUUUGAUUCGGCGACCGGCUUUUCCAUGCCUGACCCCACCUGCAACCUGCCGUUCAAACGGCUUGCGCGCGGCGAAGACGCGGUUGCCUUAAAAGAGGACAACCGGCUCUUAAGCGGCGAUUCAAUUAAGAUCACAGUAGAUGUAACUGCAGACGUCAGCAGCGCCACCACCACCGCCGACCCCGGCAGCUCCCGUCGGCGCUUGCUCGCAGCCAGCGCCAAGUUCCGAAAGCGCUCCCUGCGCGUCAUCAAGAAGGGCGCGCAGAAGGAGUGUUACACGGGCACCCCCAUCGAGCCCCGCAUGGUGGUCUACCUGCUGGACAUGUGCGGCUGGAGUAGCCCC